AUGACAAUACAUGAGACUUGGGUCGUCAUUUCAAAAACGUUCGUCUUGGUGAGGAGCAUAAGUGGUGCACAAGGAAAAAAGCAUAGGUCGCAGUGCUUCGGGAAAUGCAUGUCGCGAGAGGAAUUGGGCGACUGCUGUUGCGAGCACCACAAGCUUUUGAAUGCUCAUCGGCUUUCGCAAGCUCAGCAUCUCAAACGAAAUAAAGAAACCUUUCUUGCGGCUAUAGCUGCUUUCAAGGAGAGAAGACCGCGAGGGCAUGUAGAGUUCAUUAAUACUGCUUUGAAAUAUGUCAAGGAAUUCGGUAUCCAUAAAGACCUGGAUGUCUACAAAGCUUUAUUGGAUGUUUUUCCCAAGGGCAAAAUGAUUCCUCAGAACACAUUUCAGAGGAUAUUUCUGCACUACCCCAUGCAGCAGAAUUGCUGCGUUAAAGUACUUGACGAGAUGGAGUGGAACGGUGUUCAACCGGACAAGGAGAUUCACGAUAUUGUUGUGAAUGCCUUUGGCGAGUGGAACUUUGCUACGAAAAAGGUUAAAAGGAUGCUUUAUUGGAUGCCCAAACUAAAGUAUUCCAACAAGCACUUGGAUCGUAGAAGUGUGGAAGGAAAAGCGCUGUCACCUGCGGAACUCGCAGGAGUUGCUCUAAAAAUGAUGAGUAGAGAUCCCGGUACAGAGAUAUCAUUGACCAGAUUAGGUCCAUCUACAGCACAAGAACAGCCCUGGUUCGCAACUGCGCAAAGCCUGACGCAGAAAAAUCUUAUACGAAAUCUCAGCGAAGAUUCUGAGGUAUUCAUAGAUGGUCCCUUCGAUGUGUACGUCAUGGAGCAUGUAGUAAAAUACAUAGUAAUGACAAGCGCGCCUACGUAUCCCAAAACGGACGACUUCAAAGAAGAAGAGUUCGAGGAGGACUUUUCGAAUUGGUUUUCUGAGUGGAAGCGAGAAAGACAUGAACGAAAGCGAUCAGUUCAUGAGCAAAAAAAUGAGACGAUUCUUGCGAUGGGAGCCUUAUAUAGAAGUGAUAACGAGACGGCUUCUUUGUGGCUGGAACGACUAGUGGAGGAUAACGCUAAUCUGAAGAAGCUGAAAACACGACUGCGGCUCGAUAAGGAAAAGAAACCCGGAACCGCGCAGAUGUAGCUUGCAAUUCUGUAGAGAUGAUAGGAGGAUGCAUAGACAAAUAAUUU